ACACUGGGAUAUGGAGCUCAAGGAGGACGCUUCGACGUCUGCCGGCGGCGGAGGCGGCGCCGUCAGACGGUCGCCUACGAAGGUGAGAAUCAUAGAGACACAGUACGUGCAGGCCGACAAGCGGGACUUCAAGUGGAUUGUGCAGAGGCUGACGGGGAAAGAGUCAUCGACCACGGCAACGGCGGUGGCGGGUGCAGAGAAUAUUGCAUUAGAUGUGGCGGCGGAUAGAGGCACAGCCGCCGCCUCUACUACCGGCACGGAGAGUAAAAAGAAUCCGGCGGUGGCUGGAGUUGACGGAGGAGUAGAGCAGGGAUGGGAGAGAGGUGCGCCUGCAGAUUGUUCAUUUAUAGAUGAAUUAAUGGAGAUGCUGCGAGAUUAAUUAAGGUGUAUUGUUUUACACAUAAUUAAUUUGUUUUUCA